AUGGCUACAGUACAGACAACACUAGGUCCAGUUUCUGGAUUCGAGGACACGCAUGUGCUUUCUGAGAAGUCAACUGCUGGCCAAGCCAAGGGCGAUCAGAGGCCUGUAAUCAAAUAUCUCGGAAUUCCUUACGGUGUCGGUGGCAGGUGGGAGCAGGCGCGUCCUCCUACACCUUGGAAGUCGACAAAAGAGUGCAUUGAAUAUGGGCCGGCGACUCCUCAGCUUCCAGGAAUCAUUGGACAAAGGAUCUCUGCUCAGGAGGGCUUCUUGAAGCGACUGCACCUUGGGAUGUCGGAGGAAAACAUCUUCACCAUCAACAUCUAUGCUUCUGAGGGUGUUAAGGAAGGUGACAAUGUGCCAGUCAUGUUUUGGACUUAUGGAGGAAGUUGGAAAGAUGGCACCGCGGGAGCAAUGCUAUACGAUGCCAGCAAUGUCAUUCGUGCAUCCCCACAGCCCAUCAUCAUUGUCAGCGUCAACUACCGCACCAAUUUCUUUGGAUUCCUUGCAUCAGAAGAUCUGAAAGACGAAGAUGGUCUUGUGGGCAACUAUGGCCUGCGCGAUCAGCUUCUUGGACUCAAAUUUGUGAGCGACAACAUCAGCAAAUUUGGCGGCGACCGUGACAACAUCACCAUCUAUGGCGAGAGUGCAGGUGCUGCAAGUGUGGUUUAUCACUGUGUCGGAAGAGAUGCAAUUUUCAAACGGGCCAUUGCUCAAUCGGGCGGCUCGGCUACCAUGUCUUACCAGAAGCUUGAGGCGCACGAGGCAGUGUGGCAACUUGUACUCAAGGAGUUCAACAUCACCGCGGAUGACAAAGUCGAGCGAGUCAAACAAGCUAGGGCUAUCCCAACAAAUGACCUUCUUGCCUUACUGCACAAGAACCCUGGAAUCUCCUUCGCAGCAUGCCAAGAAGACGGCCCCAAUGCUAUCUGGAACGAGCAUCCUUCUGCCAAAUUUGCUCGCGGCCAAGUCGUACCGUCCUUGGAAUCUUAUAUGGCUGGUGUCUGUACAGAUGAAGGUCUUGUAUUCGCUCAUCUCUUUGGUUUGAUCGGUAAUCAGACAACGACGAACAUGUUUGUUGGCAGGCAUGGUACCGAGGCCGCUGCCCAGUAUCCGGAAAUUUACUCCAAUAUUGGCGAUGUCAGCCAAUACAAGGGUGCCUUGGAGUCGCAUCCAGCUGCGCGCAUGCUUCACAAUGAAUUAUUCGAAGGUCCGGUCAUGUUUGACUUGGAGCAGUUGGCAAAGACGGGCAAAGUCACAUGCUUCAUGUAUAGAAGCAAUGCGAUUCUCCCCUACUGGCGCGCCUUUGAUUGGGGUGUUCAUCACGCAUCAGAGCUUCCCUUUGUCUUCAACUCGAGUGCCCUUUGGGGGAAUGAUGACAAUACUGAAGAAGGCAGGACUGCUCAGGAUUAUGUCGACAAGUGGGUUUCGUUUGCUGCAACAGGUCAGCCUGCAGCAAAGAGUGUAUGGCCACAAUACACUUCCCAAGAGCGGAAACGCUAUGUUUUUGAAAAUGGAGGUAGCGAAAAGGCGCACUUGGAAGCGGCGGAUUUGACACCAGCCAUGCAAAUGCACGACAAAAUCAUCAGAGAUUCGGCAGGCAUCAAAUUGGUCGCCUCGUGA